UCGCUGGGGAGGGAUCCUCUUUUCUUUCACAGAUGUUGGAAAGCAUUUGCUAUCCACAACUUAGAGUGCGUGUCAAAUGUUGCUACACAGUAGUUUAGAGGGCAGACCACGUCCAGUUAAUCUCAGUUUACACUGGCCUAUACUCUUCAAGAUACCCAAGAGUUCCCGUUGUGUCGGCUGUGCGUCAUCCAUGCCUGAUUAGACUUGUAGUCUGACGUCGCCGAGAACUAUUCAAGCAAAAUAUCUCAUGUAAUAUUGAAAAUGAAAAUAGACUUUUUUUUUUCUAUCGUGAGCGAAACCAUCCGGAGUGACGAAAGGGACCUUUUCAGGAAGAAGUGGAUCAACAAGUUGUUCUCCAGUGCGUAAUUUCCAUUUGAGCACGGUUCGACAUAAUCCUCGACACACGUGAUCGACAAAUCACUUCAGCUGCAAAUAUUUCUCAUUUGUCAAGAGAAAUAAGUCCCUCUCUGUCCGUGGAAACACAUCUUGUCCGAUCACGGCUGGGAUCAGCAGGUCCUGCAGGCUGACCGUCUCCAUGCCUCACUGCCUCUCCAGAUGCCGGCUGUCCACCACAUGGUAACUUUGCGCACACAGCACGCUGGAAAACGGGCAUACAGAGAAGGGAUCUGAAUGAAUGGGACUGAGAUUUAUUCGCAUUUGUCUUCUCGCCUCCCCCUGACAGUUGUAUGUGUUUUAUAUCCUGCUGGUUGAAAGUACCUUACACUAUCAGCAGAGAACGAUUCAGCGGUGGAUAGAUUGCCCACGUCGUUCAAACAGGGAGCAGCAAAUGUCGAAGAAACGGAAAAGUCCUGACGAUCAGGGCGUCGAAGAAUCUCCGCCUGCAGGAUGCAGCGAUCAAGGUUUGACAGAUGAGAAAGUGAAGGCCUACCUCUCACUCCACCCGCAGAUGCUGGAUGACUUCGUGUUGGAGAGCGUGAGUGCAGAGACGUUGGACAGAUGGUUGAAGAGGAAGACCAGCAGCAGGCCUGCAGAUGACACGUCAGCUAAAGAAGUCAGCAGGCAGUACCAGGACACGAAUAUGCAGGGUGUGGUGUACGAACUCAACAGCUACAUGGAGCAACGCCUGGACACUGGAGGAGACAACAAGCUGCUGCUCUAUGAGUUGUGCAACAUCAUCAAAACAGCAACGAAAGCUGAUGGAUUUGCACUUUACUUCUUGGGAGAAUGCAACAACAGUUUAUGUUUGUUCACUCCAACGGGGGCCAAGGAUGGCCCUCCAAGCCUCAUCCCUUCUGGCCCCAUUGCAUUUGGCACUACCAUUGCCGCUCAUGUUGCCAAGACUCGCAAAACACUGCUAGUAGAGGACAUCAUGGGGGAUGAGCGCUUCCCCGACGGCACAGGGCAGGACUCAGGGAUCCAUGUUCACUCUGUCCUGUGCCUCCCCAUCCUCACUGCCAUCGGGGACCUCAUUGCCAUCCUGGAGCUGCAUCGGCACUGGGGCAAGGAGCCCUUCAACCUCAGCCACCAGGAGGUUGCAACAGCUAAUUUAGCGUGGGCGUCAGUCGCCAUUCAUCAAGUACAGGUGUGCCGAGGCCUCGCCAAACAGACUGAGCUCAAUGACUUCCUACUGGAUGUGUCAAAAACAUACUUUGACAACAUUGUGGCAAUAGAUUCUCUACUUGAACAUAUUAUGAUAUAUGCAAAAAACUUGGUGAAUGCGGACAGAUGUGCACUCUUCCAGGUAGAUCACAAUAACAAAGAACUGUACUCUGACCUGUUCGAUAUCGGGGAGGAGAACGAAGGCAAGCCUGUCUUUAGGAAAACCAAAGAAAUUAGGUUUUCUAUAGAGAAGGGAAUAGCUGGCCAAGUGGCUCGGACAGGGGAAGUCUUAAAUAUCCCAGAUGCCUAUGCAGACCCACGGUUCAACCGAGAAGUGGACCUCAAAACUGGCUACACCACGCGAAACAUCCUGUGCAUGCCCAUCGUGAGCAGGGGGACCGUUAUCGGUGUGGUGCAGAUGGUGAACAAGCUAAGCGGAAGUGCCUUCACUAAAACAGAUGAGAACAACUUCAAGAUGUUUGCUGUCUUUUGUGCUUUGGCCUUACACUGUGCAAAUAUGUACCAUCGGAUCCGGCACUCAGAGUGCAUUUACAGAGUGACGAUGGAAAAACUGUCGUAUCACAGCAUCUGCACAUCGGAAGAGUGGAAGACCCUUACACAGCUCAACCUCCCCACGCCCAUUUAUAAGGAGAUUGAAAUGUUCCACUUUGACAUUAGUCCCUUUGAGGAGAUCUGGCCUGCUGUCUUUGUCUACAUGGUUCAUAACUCCUGUGGAAAGAAUAGCUUUGAGCUGGAGAAACUGUGUCGGUUUACCAUGUCCGUACGGAAGAACUACCGGCGUGUACCGUACCACAACUGGAAGCACGCGGUGACGGUGGCUCACUGUAUGUACGCCAUCCUGCAGAAAGUCUCUGGGAUCUUCACAGAACUAGAGAAGAAGGGUCUAUUAAUAGCCUGUCUGUGCCAUGACCUCGACCAUCGGGGGUACAGCAACACAUACCUGCAGAAGUUUGACCAUCCGCUGGCCGCUCUGUACUCCACCUCCACCAUGGAGCAGCACCACUUCUCUCAGACUGUCUCCAUCCUACAGGAAGGGCACAAUAUUUUCUCCAACCUGACUUCCAGUGAGUAUGAGCAGGUGCUGGAGAUCAUCCGGAAGGCCAUCAUCGCCACCGACCUCGCCCUCUACUUCGGCAACCGCCAGCAGUUGGCAGAGCUGCUGACCUCGGGUACGCUGGACUUCAACAACCACGGACACAGGGACCGUGUGAUUGGUCUGAUGAUGACAGCAUGUGACCUGUGCUCUGUUACCAAGCUAUGGCCAAUCACACGACUCACAGCCAACGACAUCUACGCUGAGUUCUGGGCCGAGGGAGAUGAGAUGAAGAAGAUUGGGAUGCAGCCCAUCUCCAUGAUGGACAGAGACAAGAAGGACGAGGUGCCACAGGGCCAGGUGGGAUUCUACAAUGCUGUUGCUGUUCCGUGUUAUACGACAUUAUCAGAGCUUUUCCCUCCAUCUGGUCCUCUUCUAAAAGCCUGCAAGGAAAACCUGUGCCAGUGGGAGAAGAUAGCGCGGGGCGAGGUGGAGGACAUCGUGGUGAGACCCUCAGACCCUGUGGAGCCCAGCCAGCCAUGUGAUUCAGGCCCCGUCAAGGUGGACAACUAACUAGCAAAGGCUUGCCGGCCCACCAAAGGAACACAACCUGAAUCCUGCCGCAGACCCGGGACUUCGCAGAAGAGCCCGUGUCCUGUGCUCGCAGGAAAGGGAAGAGCUUAUGGGUAGUAAAGGUGACUUACUUUGAAAACACACGGUUACCUCAUUGGGUGACGGAGGUGUCAACACUGACGGUUUCACCGGUCCCAGAGACUGACAGACAGCCGAUGGGGAGGGACUUACAACCCAUCACCCUACGUCCACUCAGCUUGGGAAUUCAUUAGGUAGAAUGGACUUGUGCAGUUUUGGUUGUUUAUUUAGCUGUUUUAUGUUAUGUUAUUUUAUUAUUUUUUAUUUGACUUCAGCUGGUUUCUUUUAUGGUCUUGUAUUUGCAGAGGCCUUACUCUCUGAACCUUUCACAGGUUAGGAUAUGUGAAAUCUUGUUGUCGGUUCAGGCUUUUCGAAAUGGUACUGUUUGCCUUCUGUGGUAGGGUUAUCGUACGCAAACUACUUCAGAGAGGUAUUCACAGAGACAGAAGGAAUGUUCAGAGCAGAUGCAUGUUGUAAAGCCAUCUUAUUGAGAAGGUGGUUGCCAGAAUGUUUUCUAUUACUUUUGAGCAAAAAUCCUUUGCAGUACUUGAAUAAAGACAUACAGCCUAAUCUACGUGGAGAUUGCAGAAAUCCCCCACAGCAUAUUGUACAAAACGUAAAUGAACUGUGACGGGAGGAGUUAGAUAAUGUCAACACUUAGCAGAGUCACACGAGAGUCACAAUGUUCCAUCCAGAAGUGGCCCCCGCAACACUGCCAUCAGCCCCUGGCAUUGAAGAACCUGCUGCAUACAUCAGCUUUUGAGUGUCUGAUUAACAGGAUCUGACCUUGGGCUAGCAGUCUGUUUUUAGAACAACCGCUGAGUUCACAAGAUCUAAAACAGCAAGAUACACACAUGGGAUCAAUAGCAAUCAUUUACAGUGCGCCACUAUGCUUAGGAGUGCAUACUGUUUGAAUUAUGCUCUCACUUUCAUAACCAUGGCCCUCUCAGAACUUUAAUUAUUUUAAACAAAGAUGUGGGAGAUCUACCCCUCGGUAAGCUUUAGCAAUCAUUUCUACAGGGAUAAAUUAUUUAACCCUUCUAAUUUAUCCCCUCAAAGCUAAAACAAGGAAACUGCAUGAGUCACUAGGGGUCCCAGUGCAACAUAAGUAAUAGUUUGGAAUGAUGCAACACAUUUUCUUACAGAGAUGCUGACAAUUUUGAACAGUCUUAAUUUAAAGCAGGCGACUGGAUUCACGAGGUAUAAAUGAAAUAAAAGCAGACAAUUGGAGCAGGUAGUAGUCUGUGCUGUCUGGGAUGUUUUCUACAAUAAAAUUAGCUCUCCAUUUGAGGGACAUUACAGCAUUAGCCAUGCAUUCAUAACCUCAGUCGAACACUGCAUGGCACGUUUGCCAUUUUAGCUGCCUAACAGAAGAGGUCUCCUGAUCAGUAAAUUUACACACAUCACUUAAGAAGCCGCCCUCAGUGUUCUUCUUCAAAGCUGGGGGGGCAGACUGUCCAUCAGGCCAAGUAGCAUCAAUCGUCUGCGUCAUAUUUUCCCACAAAGCUAAACUCCAACAUGUGUAUCUCUGGGAUUGCUACUCAAGAGGGUAAGUUGACUAUUUGCAGGUGUGUACCAAAAGUCCCCCACCCAUUUCCUUAACCUCUGUCGGGAACUUAAUUAUCCUGCGUUACGUUCGCAUUUGCUCUCAAACAGAUGAACAGAUGUAAAGUGUUACAUUUGAACUCUUUCAGAUGAGUUUCCAAGAUCUUCCAAACAAAAAAAAAAAAAAAAGAAAAAGAAAAGAGACAUGCUUUUGUCUGAAAUCGUCAUUCCAAGUGGACACUGUCCCUCCGAGACUGAAAUUACUGCUAGGAUAAUUUGUUUAAAGACUGGUACUGUGCCCCCCUCCCCAACCCCCAUCCCAACCCCAACCCCCACCACCCCCAAAAAGGUGUGAAUGUACAUUUUGAUGAAUGUCUUGAUGAUUGCAGAUCCUUGUCGGUGGCAUGUGGGUUCGUGCGCCAUCAGUUUCCAUGAUGUGCUCUGUCUUACUUUUCAGAAUUGCUUCCAGUAACCUUCAACCAAGAGCAACAAUAGCAUGCACCUAAACUGAAAUUUUAUAUAUGAUUUUGCAUAUAUGGUAAUAGGUGUAUAAUGUGUACAUUCUAGAUUUUAGUUUGUACAGACUAAGAUGUAUGCUCUGUUGGUGCUAAACUGAAUGGCAGUCAUGCACUUUCUGGCUGUGCGUGCAUGCAUGUGUGUGCGUGUGCGUGCGUGUGUGUGUGUGUGAGAGAGAGAGAGAGAGAGUGUGACAAAGAGAGAGAGUGAGCGCUUUUUACUUUUCCCCCCACCCUUAACCCCCACCUUAAAAUAUGGAUAAGUCCAUAACACUGCACUGUCCCUUCUAUUUUUCAGCACCAGUUAUAUCCCAUUGUCUGCACUAUGUUUAGCUUAUGAUCUUUAUCAUUAUUAUUGAUGAUGAUUAUUAUUAUCACUAUUAUUACUAUUGUUAUUUUCUUAAUUAGAGUUAAAUUUAAAUUAACUUAUAUUUUUUAUACAAAGAAAAAAAAUGUUGGCCUUUUUGUUUUGUACAAAGUGAACAUUAAGAUAAACACAACAGUCUAGACAUGUUACUGUUGCCGAAAAUAACUGAGGAAUGUCUCUGUAAAUGUAAGAGCAGUAGCCCUAAUGACUUUUAUUAAAUACCUGAAAUACA